AUGGCCGAUACCGAUAAACUUAAUUUGGAUAACAUAAUUGCGAGGUUAUUAGAGGUUCGAGGAUCAAAACCUGGGAAAAAUGUACAGUUAACGGAGAACGAAAUCAAAGGACUAUGCAUAAAGUCUCGUGAAAUUUUCCUCAGUCAACCGAUACUUCUCGAAUUGGAAGCUCCGCUCAAAAUAUGUGGAGAUGUCCAUGGUCAGUACUACGACCUCCUAAGGUUGUUCGAAUAUGGCGGUUUUCCACCGGAGUCGAAUUAUCUAUUCUUAGGAGAUUAUGUCGACAGAGGAAAGCAGUCUCUUGAGACGAUUUGCCUUCUGUUAGCGUACAAGAUCAAAUAUCCCGAGAAUUUUUUCCUCUUGAGAGGCAAUCACGAAUGUGCUUCCAUCAAUCGGAUAUAUGGCUUCUAUGAUGAAUGUAAACGACGCUACAAUAUAAAGCUAUGGAAGACUUUCACGGAUUGCUUCAACUGUCUUCCCGUUGCGGCUAUCAUAGAUGAGAAAAUUUUCUGUUGCCAUGGAGGGCUGUCACCUGAUUUGCAAUCUAUGGAGCAGAUCCGUCGUAUAAUGCGCCCUACUGACGUACCGGAUCAAGGUCUCCUUUGUGAUCUGCUUUGGUCAGAUCCUGAUAAGGAUGUUACUGGCUGGGGAGAAAAUGAUCGUGGUGUCUCUUUCACGUUUGGACCAGAAGUGGUUGCAAAGUUCCUACACAAGCACGACCUUGAUCUGAUAUGUCGUGCUCAUCAGGUUGUGGAGGACGGGUACGAGUUCUUUGCAAAGCGUCAAUUAGUAACUUUGUUCUCAGCACCUAAUUAUUGCGGCGAGUUCGAUAAUGCGGGGUCGAUGAUGACUGUCGACGAGACGCUAAUGUGCUCUUUUCAGAUCUUGAAGCCCGCAGAAAAGAAGAAGUUCCCAUAUGGUGGUGUAGGUACAAAUCGACCAGUGACACCACCUAGAAAUACACCUGCUCCACAACCAAAGAAAGGAAAGAAAUGA